AUUCCUUGCUCGAUUCUUCAAACUUAAACCAAAUUCGACGAUACUGUUGAAAAAUGGCCGAUCAACUUGCCAAGGCACAGGAUUUCGAGAACAAAGCGGAGAAGAAGCUUAAUGGCUGGGGAUUGUUCAGUUCCAAGUACGAAGAUGCCGCUGAUCUCUUCGACAAAGCUGCUAAUUGCUACAAGCUUGCUAAAGCAUGGGAUAAAGCUGGGUCAGUAUACACAAAGUUGGCGAGUUGCUAUUUGAAGGUGGAAAGUAAGCAUGAAGCUGCUCAAGCAUCAGUUGAUGCUGCCAAUGCCUAUAAGAAGACGUCUAUUAAGGAGGCCAUUUCAAGCAUGGAGGUGGCAGUAAAUCUAUUUUGUGAUAUUGGAAGGCUCAGUAUGGCUGCAAGAUAUUUGAAGGAAAUUGCUGAACUAUAUGAGUCUGAGCAGAACAUUGAAAUUUCUAUGAGUUACUAUGAGAAAGCUGCUGACUUUUUCCAAAAUGAGGAAGUAACAACAUCUGCGAACCAGUGCAAGCAGAAAGUGGCACAGUUUGCUGCUCAAUUAGAAGAGUACGAUAAGGCAAUUAAAAUAUAUGAAGAGAUUGCUCGGCAUUCACUGAAAAAUAACUUGCUAAAAUAUGGAGUCAAAGGACAUCUUCUUAAUGCUGGCUUAUGUCAACUCUGCAAAGGUGAUAUUGUAGCCAUCACCAAAGCAUUGGAGGAAUAUCAGGAGUUAGAUCCAACUUUUUCUGGCACACGUGAAUAUAGACUUUUAGCUGAUAUUGCUAGUUCAAUCGAUGAAGAAGACGUUGCAAAGUUUACUGACGUGGUUAAGGAGUUUGAUAGCAUGACCCCUCUGGACCCGUGGAAGACAACUUUGCUGUUAAGAGUGAAGGAAAAGCUUAAAGCCAAGGAGUUGGAGGAGGAUGACCUUACCUAAAUUUCUCUAUAUUAAAAUGUUUUGUUGGGUCUCUGUUUGUUGAUUGUUGCACUAUAUAUGAUGAGAUUUAUGUAAAUUUUCACCACAUUUGUAAUAUCUGUGAUUCUAGAAAACAUUACCUGGUUUGGGCUUCAAUCAGUUUGCUUACACGAGUUUGUGAAGUUUGCCUAUUUGAAACUAUGCUUUCGUUUGGCUUUGCUUGAACAUAAGUUUGAGAUAAUUGAGGAUUACUUGGCCC